AUGAAGCCAACGGGUAAGAUCCUCGCGAUGCUGAUCGCGCCCGACACCAACGUCGCGCCCGCCUUUUCGCAGCACCAGUCCGUCUCGACGCGCCGCAGCUCCUUCUCGCGUCGCAGCACGUCGUCCCUCAUCGCAUGUCCACAGCCGCUGCACCACACCGACCCUUUCGCCAGCAGCUCCGUCGCCAACUCCGCGAUUCCAUCGCACGCGACCCACUCCUUCGCCACCCACUCGCACGCUGCGUCGUCGUUCCCGGAUUUCGCCGGCUAUGCCGCCGCCAUCACCGAAGCCCUUGAGACGCCGCCGCCGUCACCGGAAUGCACGCCGCCAACUGCGGCGCCGACGGCGCUUCCCGAAUCAACCGUCCAGGCGAUCACCGACGAACUCAAAUCCGCAUCCGCCGCCGCGGAAUCCGCCCCUAAGUCCGCGGUAGUUAACGCGGAGGACGCGCGCAAGCGCGCGAUGGACGCCGUGAUCGGCGCGGGGUACUGGGAGACGGAGUUCCUCGACCGUCUGAUGUUUCUCGAGGCAGAUCCGACGUUCACCCAGCUCCCAGCCGACCAGGUUCACCAGAUGAACUUGUCCCAGGAACUACCUGCCCCUCUUGAACUUCUCGCGCUCGGGCUCGGCGCGGAGGUGGUAUCUGAGGAGGCGGUUCGGAAGGACCUCCACGCGGCGCGCAUGCGCGUGGUCGACGCGCUGAUGGAGGCGCAGCAUCUGGAGCGCGUCGCGCAGAUGUACAGUUACAGCGCGGACGCCGCCGCGGCGUCUGACAUCGGCGGCGCCGCCGCCACCGCCGACGUUAAAGUUGCCAAGUCUCGCACGCCCGCGCCGCGCGCGGCAACUGCGGGGACUAAGUCCGAUGGCUCAGCUCGUAGAAAGGUGCCCAAGGGAGGCAAGGCCGCGGCAGCGGCGAGUCCCAAGGCAAAGAAGGCUUCCCAGGAAGGUUCCGCAAAGCCUGCGGAGAAGGGUGGAGAGCUCAAGGCUGCUCUGAAGAAGUCGCCUGCUCUGAAGCAGUGGCUCAAAUUCGCAGCGACUAUCUGA